AUGAAUUUUGGUAUAUUUAACUAUCCAGUGGUGGUAUACACCAGUGGUUUGCAGAUCUAUUUGUUGCAGUAUGAUGUUAAUUUUGUGUAUGUGAAAUUUGGGAUGUUAAAUAUCACAGCUUAUGAAUCAUCUUCCAGUGCAUUGACACUUGUGCAGCAGCGGUCUCCGGGCAUGAUGGUGGCAUAUGCUAAGAACAUAGCAAAUUUUGCAGCUGCUAAUGGAAAGAAGCAUGUCGUCAUACUUUCCAGCUUAGAUUUUGGUGGUUUGCAGAUCUAUUACUUAUCUAGUUCCAAUUUGGAUGGAACUGAUGCUGCAUGUGAAAGCCUUGGGUGGAAAAGACAGCAAGAUUAUGAUCCUGCCCUGAGAACGUGGAAGUAUCUUGAUACAUUAGCUCAAGAAGUGCCCGUACCUGAAGAAGAUUCUCCUUUGGAGGAACUGGGUGAUGAAGAUUACUAUCCAAGUUUGCCUUUUGCUGCACUCUUUUCAUGCUUUAAGGCUAAAGGGUUAAAGGUUACUUGCUUGUUCUGUUACUGCUCGGAGGGAGACAAUAUACCUGAAGCUUUCUCAAUGGCUGAGGCAGCAAGCAAACUUGUUGGAUUGAAUGACUUUCUGGGCGAUGACAGUGGUGCUGGUAAAUGGAUCGCACCGUACUCAUGGCAGAGCGUAUACGGUCCCCCAGCAGACAUGACUCUUUUCUAG